AUGUCCAAAUCUCAAAAACGUAACUCUUCAGUCCUGGUCAUCUUUCACAGCCACCGCGUUGGCCGUCGCUUCAGAUCCCCGUCACCAUCUCAGCACCCGUGGCCAACGCCUGGGAAGCGUCUGGCUGACGGCCAUCACCAUCUUGCCGACCAACCCGGUAGAUACAAUGUUCGACAGCCAUCAUCAUCGCCUCCGAUGACGGGCGACAGUGGCGCAGAAGCGGGGCUGCUAUCGGGGCGCGUCAGACGGGCUGAGGAGACGCGUCGGCUGGGAUGGGGAUCGGAGGCGCGGCGGCGGGGCUGCGUGGCCGUGACCGCCGGAUUUCUUGAGAUGGGGAGGCUGGGGAAGCUCGACGGCGGGGUGGGUAACCGAGAGUGUCGGAAUUCUGGAGAGAGAGGGAUACUGUGGUGGCACCAUCGUCUGCCGCCAGCCGUUGCCGGGCGGCGGAUCUAG